UCCCCUGUAAUAUUCUGGCAAGCCGCCGCUGUAAUUUGGCCCGAUUCCCGCUCGACAGGAUCCCCCAACUGAUCGCUAUGGGAAGUUUGACAAGGUGAACUCCACGCGUAUACGUCAGGUCCACACCGUGGACGCCCCGUCUUCCCUACCCGACAUUGCGCCGCAUUUGCCCCCUCGAAUCAUUUCAUAUUUUCUCGUUAGCCCCGGCCCAAUCACCGCGCGGGACGCCCCACCGAGCAGUCUGAAAGGCGAACGCCAACCGGUAAUAAAAUGGAAGUCGCCCCGCUAGAUGGAAAGUCCUUAGCUCGCUGACUCGGGCCUGCUGCCUCGCGUCUGAUACCUCGCUGUGGUGGAUCCAGACUCUCCGGAAAGAUCUUGCUCCUCGAACUUGAAAGUCAGAGUCUGGUCUCACUCCUGACUUGGGGAUACCAAGGAAGAAGUAAAGAAGAAGAAGAAACUUUGGAACUUUAUUGGCUGGGGUCUGUGGACUCCUUACACCGCUUCCAAUGAGAGAACAGUGUAAUUCAAGAUGGCCGGUCAGGCUGGAGUUAUGUAUGGUCGCAAUAUUUCUUGUAUUUUCUUCAUAUCAAAUCGGAGCUACAGCACGAGUUCAACUUCCCUUGUAUUUGGCAGAGCAAUUGGAGACGCUGGAGUGCCCGGACGACAUCAGGAUUGGGGAAAAUGACUUACCAGGUUGGGAUGUGAUCAGGCUGUUCACAUUAGACAACCAGGCGUCAGGGAUAAAAGAGAUUCCUGGGUCUAACGAGUAUCAGACAGCCUAUAAGAUCAACAAGAAGAGCGACCUGGUUCGAUUCCCUACAAGCGCACUCUUUCCUGAUGGUCUUCCCGAUGAGUUCUCCUUCGUCUCCACCUUCAAGAUGUCCCCGGCAGCCCGCCAGGAGGACUGGCUCUUAUGGCAGAUCAGAGACCCGGCCAAGGUACCACAGUUGGCAUUCAGGCUCAACGGCGAAGUGCAAGCGCUUCAGAUCGUCUACGUAGACACUGAAAGACAACUACAGAGCGUCAGCGUCAGGAACGUUGAGGAACUAUUUGAUGGCGAAUGGCAUAAACUUCACAUCAUCAUCCUGAACGACCGAGUGACUGUCUUUGUCGACUGCAAAAUCGUCUCGUCGACCUUGAUCUCACCGCCUCGCGGCGUAGUGGACUACUCCGGGAAGAUAAGCAUCGGAAGGACCCUCGACGGCGACAUGCCGGUGCCGUUUGAAUUGCAAUGGAUGAUCAUUCACUGCGACCCGUCGAGACCAGAGCGAGACAACUGCGAAGAACUUCCGACAAAGGAAGGUCCGGGCCCUGGGACUUGUGAGCAGAUUUGCCCUGCGGGACCAGCCGGGCCUCAAGGACCAACGGGAGCAACUGGUAGCCCUGGUCGACUGGGCAGAGAUGGGGAGCCCGGCCUGCCUGGCCCGUCUGGACCGGUAGGACCGCGCGGUGCGGACGGAUUCAGGGGAACUCCAGGCUCGUCCGGCCCACCCGGACCACCAGGCCCACGGGGUGACCCGGGACCUAUGGGUAUUGAUGGUACGAACGGCGAACCUGGAGAAAAGGGUGAACCGGGUUUCACUGGGAUUACUGGGCCCACUGGUCAGCCGGGUCAACCAGGCUUCCCCGGCCCACAGGGACCGCAGGGACCCGCUGGAGAUUUCGGCAACAUCGAGGAUCUGGUUAACCAGCUUGGUUUACUGAAGGGAGAAACCGGUUCGCCAGGCCUGCCGGGUUUGAAUGGAGUUCCGGGUGAAAAUGGCCGCAUUGGUCCACGUGGGCCGCGUGGACCCCAAGGAGCACCAGGUCUGGACGCUCAAGACGGUGCCCCGGGUAUUCAAGGCGUUCAAGGCCCCAUGGGACCACAAGGACCGCCCGGUCCUCCUGGUAGACCCAGCUCGGGAAGUGAGUUUACCCAGGAGCCGACGACUAUUGUGGGACCCCCCGGACCACCUGGCCCUCAAGGAAUUCGCGGUGUGCAAGGACCACAGGGCGAGACAGGAUCCAGAGGCGAUAUUGGUAGACCGGGACCACGUGGACCCAAGGGAGACGACGGACCCCAAGGCCCACCAGGAAAGACGGGCGAAACUGGAGGCUCGGGAAGUCAGGGACUAUCAGGAUCCUCAGGACCACGUGGUGACAAAGGAGAACAAGGUGUACAAGGCCCAGCUGGAAUACAGGGACCGCCGGGUACAAUCGGACCGAGGGGUAACGAUGGACCGCGGGGCGCCACAGGACCAACUGGGAAUCCUGGACCACCAGGUCCUACCGGCAGUACAGGUGCACCGGGCCUCUUGGGCGUGAAAGGAGCUAAGGGAAGUUCUGGGAACCCCGGACCACGAGGCACGGACGGGAUUGACGGGCAGAAAGGAGACAGGGGAGACGACGGCUUGCCAGGGGAACGUGGACUGGCCGGACCCAUGGGAAUGCCUGGACCUAUUGGUGACCCUGGUGAUGAGGGGCAAUCCGGGAACCCUGGCCGCAAAGGUGACACAGGAAGCAUCGGAGAAAAGGGACCUCCCGGUGAACCAGGACCGAAAGGACAGACUGGUAUUUUUGGACCAGAGGGGCCGAAGGGAGAACGGGGUCAGCCCGGCAUACAGGGCGCCAGGGGACGGCCGGGACCUAAGGGUAGAGAUGGCGAUCCGGGUAUCGUUGGCCCACCAGGCUUGAAAGGAUCUAUGGGUAUCAUGGGCCCACAGGGUCCACGGGGCGAUCUCGGAGUGAAAGGGGCACGAGGACCGAACGGGGCGAGAGGUAACACGGGACGCACUGGAGAAGAGGGUAAACCUGGACCGAUAGGCCCGCCAGGACUGGACGGACAGCAGGGGUCUCGCGGGGAUCCUGGCCCCAACGGCCCAGUCGGUCCGCGCGGCUUGCAAGGACCCACCGGCGCAACCGGAGUCAAAGGCGAGGCGGGACUACGUGGCUACCAAGGAGACAGGGGAGAACCGGGCCAGCCCGGUCUCACACCAACAGAGGAUGACAUCGCUAAAAUAGUGGAGAAGGUUCUUCAGAGUCAAAUGCAGAACAUCGCGUCUCGAAUGACCGGCCCGCCGGGCCCUCCAGGGAGAACACUCCGAGGUAAUCCCGGUAGUAGAGGUACCCCCGGACCGAAUGGCAGCCCCGGAGGCAAGGGUGUAGCCGGUGAUCCGGGCCAGCCCGGACGACCAGGAGUACGGGGUGACCCAGGCCUCAACGGCCCACAAGGUGCACGCGGGUCUCGUGGUGACAAAGGCAACAAAGGAUAUGGCAGCCGCGGUUUCCCAGGUCACAUGGGAUUACAAGGUCUUCCGGGCGACCCAGGGAUUGGCCGGAACGGUAAGGACGGCGCACCGGGCCCACGCGGACCGAACGGAGCUACCGGACGCCGCGGACCCUCUGGCCCGCAAGGUAAUGCGGGCUACUGCGAAUACUGCAACUAUCCCGGAGCUCAGCAGCUCGUCAAUCCGUACCCGUAUCAGCCUUAUAUAGACCUCAACAACAAAGCAGGUUAAACUGCUACUUUUCUUUUCCAAAAUCCCUGUGAAAUAAAACAAAAAGCAGUCUGGAUAUCUGGAAUACGUCAAAUGCUAGGAUAGCUUCAGUUUCAAUUUCACCCGUUGUAUAUAAAACUUUUUGGAUUCUUAAUAUCAAGCCAGAUUUAAGACUUUGAUUGUGCACCGACAAUUUGUUUGAAUUUGGGUGAUAUGUGAGUAUAGUAUCCAAUGUAAUUAUGAUAACUUUGAUAUGAAACAAAUAGAUGGAAGUAGAGACAUUUGUUGACAGAUAAGGCGCGCUUUACUUUGUCUCUCUGCUAAUUAGAGACUUUAAUUCGCCUGUAUCUUGCAGUGAAAUGGUCGCAAGUAAUCCAAUUGCAAUUUUGUACAAUCUACUGCCACAGCUUCAGAAUGGUGCUAAACAGUGUGUUUCAUAAACGAUAAUUGUAUUCGUUUUAAGUGUAUUUUAUUUAGAGUGAGGAAAUCCGUAGAAAAUGUUCUUUUUUUCGUAAGAAUAUAAUUUUGCUUGUCUAACAAUCUGCACUUUGAAAUUUUCACUGUAGAAUAGCUACAAGUUUUAAUAUUGCACUCAACUAAUCCGAAUUCGUUAAAGAAAUGGCACUUGAAAAAUGUAAUAAGAAGUAAAUUUUGGUUUCAUGCAGUACAAACAAAAACAACCAUUAGUCUUAGAAAGCACGGCUUUUGUUAACAGUAUAAGAAUUCACUUUGUAUACAUUAAUUUACACUGAUGUGAAUUUGCAUGACAAGUCCGCUUGUAUAUUACGCAGUGUAUCUUAAGCUUAAAGUUAGCCAAUUAAAUUAAGUACAUGUAAUGAACAUUUUAUUUCCCUAAGACAAAACAAAGAAUCAUCAUGUUUCAAGGAUUUACUGGUGCACUGAAUGUCAGUUAAUGGUUUUGAAAUUUUUCGGGGGGGGGGGGGUUGGAAUUGUCAAACAGAACACAGGUGACUUUUUCAAUACCUAAUAAAAUAAUGCGCUGCAUCUGCAUUUUCAAUUUUGCCCGAUAGCAAAGUAACUGAUGGUAACGGGCCACAUGUUUGGACGAAUAAAAUAUCAUGUUGAGCAAUUGAUUAUCUUUAAUUCAUCUUAAAAAAUAAUAAUAAUAAUAAUAAUAAUAAAAUAACGUCAAUAACCUGGGAUCCACCAACCUCGAAUCCAGGGCUUGCUUUAUUUUCAACCUCG